ACAGUGCCGUCAAGUUGAGACAUAAGUAGUACUUUAGUUUGGUCCAAAAACCCUAAAUCAGAGAUUGGAGCGAAUUGCAAGUUUUAGGGUUUAGUUUUGCAGCUUACAAUCAACACUAUCACUCGUUACAAUGGCCGGAGUUCCCCCUGCUGGUUUGGAUAACGAACAGAUGCUUGGAAUUGCUGAGAAAGAGAUGGAGUAUAGGGUUGAAUUGUUCAACAAGAUGACCCAGUCCUGCUUCAACAAGUGUGUCGACAAUAAGUACAAGGAGUCCGAGUUAAAUAUGGGUGAAAAUAGUUGCAUUGACCGCUGUGUUUCCAAAUACUGGCAUGUGACUAAUCUAAUUGGUCAGCUCCUUGGUUCUGGGAGGCCUCCAGUGUAAUCCAAGUAUAUUAUAUCGGUGUUCUAUUUUGCGGCAUGAGCUCUGACUACAAUUGUAGUAGUUGCAGCCUGAGGAAGAUUCAAUUUAAUAUUUUGCAAGGUCUUUAUUUUUUUCCCGAUGACUGUGUUGAGGUCUAAGAUAGUUUAUUAAGAGUUUGAAUAUCUGUUAUGAGUUCGAUGUACUCAUAGAAAACUCUAGAAUAAUUUACUCGGUGAUUUUAGUUCAUUCUUCCUUUUUGA